UGCUUUGAAAGCUGGUAUAAGAAGCAGAAAGAUAACAAAUAUUUGCAUAUUCAAUGAAAGUGGUGUAAUACAGGAUCGAAAAUAAAGGAAUAUGAAUGCUUUGCGGCAUACAAUAUCGCUGGUGUCACUGGGCACCUUCCAGCUGGGCCGGCGAAUGAAGAGUCAACAUUUUCGUGGCUUUCUGCUGGGAACUGGGCUGGGACUCUCCACCUUUGCAACGGUCACGUACGCACAAGCCGAGGCCGGAAAGGUCAAUCGAAAGUUGAACAUUUCGAAGUACAUGGCGGAGCCAAUAACGGAUCAAAGUGUUCUGCUGCAGGAUGAGGAAAGCAUGCGGCAUCGUAUGGAGCUGAUGAUCAUGGAAAUUCAAGCUGAAUUCUGUCGAGCCCUCGAGUCAGAGGAGUACAGUGGGCAGAAGUUCAAAGUGGAUCGUUGGAUGCGCAAGGAGGGCGGCGGAGGCGUCACAUGCGUUCUGCAGGACGGCGAUGUCUUUGAGAAGGCCGGCGUUAAUGUAUCCGUUGUCACCGGAUGGUUGCCACCGGCUGCAGUGCAACAGAUGCGGGCACGGGGCAAGGAGCUGACGGAGAAUGUGAAGCUGCCAUUCUUUGCCAGCGGCGUGAGCGCCGUGAUACAUCCACGUAAUCCCCAUGUGCCAACCAUACACUUUAACUAUCGCUACUUUGAGGUGGAACUGCCCGACGGCAAGAAGCAAUGGUGGUUCGGUGGCGGCACGGAUUUAACUCCAUAUUACCUGGAUGAAAACGAUGCACGGCAUUUCCACAAGACGCUGAAAAGCGCCUGUGAUGAGCACGACACGACGUACUAUCCCAGGUUUAAAAAGUGGUGCGACGAUUACUUUCACAUCAAGCAUCGCAACGAGAGUCGCGGCAUCGGCGGCAUCUUCUUUGACGACAUCGAUGAGCCCAGUCAGGAGGCUGCUUUCAACUUUGUCACCAGCUGUGCCCGUGCCGUGACCCCAUCCUACUUGCCUUUGGUGCAGAAACACAAGAAUGCCGCCUAUGGCAACAAUGAGAGACAGUGGCAGCUCCUGCGUCGUGGUCGCUAUGUGGAGUUUAAUCUCAUCUAUGAUCGCGGCACGAAGUUUGGUCUCUACACACCUGGUGCGAGAUAUGAGAGUAUUCUCAUGUCAUUGCCCCUUCAUGCGAGGUGGGAGUAUAUGCAUGCUCCCAAGGAUCAAUCGAAGGAGAACGAUUUACUUCAAGUGCUGCAGAAUCCCAAAGAUUGGGUUUAACACACAACAGUCAUGACAAUGCAAUUAUUUGAUUAUUUUAAUGGGGAAUACGGUGACUUUCAGGAUAACUUAAGUUUACAACAAUUUAUAUUAUUUUGUUAAAUACAAUACAAAUUUUACAUAUGUACAUAUCAAA